AAAGACGAAGAUAUUUUUCUCACUCGAACGCAGCCCCCUCCUCCCUCUCGCGAAAAAUCUAACGAGCCGACGGAAAGCGAGGCGAACCGAUUCGCGUUCUUCUCCGAACGAUUUCCUCAGCCGAUCGAUCGCGUUGAGCAUCAGGUGCUGCUGUCAAUCAUGGACGCCAAAGCGCAGUCUUCGCCGCCAGAUAAUGCUGAUGUGAAGGCCGCGUUCCACAAGCCUUCGAAUGACGCGUCUAAUAGGAACUAUCGGCGUCAUUCUCCGGCUAGCAACUCAUCUUCAUCUGACGGGAGUCCAGAGCAUGACCGGGCAUCUAGCCCAAAGUAUGCAAGGGAUGAUGCAUCUAAGCCGCCUGAAUAUCGAGAAAGAAGGAAGGCUGAUGAGAAGGAUUUAUACAAGGAUUCUGGACGGAGCCACUACAGCAGGGGCGGUGAUUCAUAUAAGUAUGCUGAUCGUCGUGCCUCCAGGGGUUCUCGUGGUUACUCUAGAAUUGAUGAGCAGACCAGACAUCGCAUGGAUGAAGAAGAGAGGGAUCAUCACAAGUCCACUCAUGGGGGUCGAGAAUCAAGAAGGGGCUCCCAUUCUGAUCGUACCAGGCGAGAAAAUGAUUAUAGCAGAUCCAAGGACUUUACGCAGGAUGGGGACAGAUAUUCUCGAGAUAAGUAUGAUGACUUUGGUCACAGAAGUAAAGAUAGGGAGAAAGAAUCUGGGAGGAGAAGCAAUAAUUUUGAAGAGACAGAGAGGGAUCGACGUAAGCGGGACUUAGAUGAUCGAAGUGAGAGAAGGGAUUAUCACAGGAGUUCAGGAGAUCGGCGAAUUGAUAGGACUCUUUCUAGAGAAGAAUCCAAGGGGUACCAUAGUUCUUCUACAGCUAGAAAGGAUACUGAUGGACAGCAAUCUAAAGAAGGUUGUAGAAACGAUCUGAAGGAUAGGGACAAUCAAAAGUUUGCCAAAGAAAAGAAGAGUACCGAUGAUUGCGACAUUACGAAGGACAAGGAUCUGCAGAAAAGAGGAGCAGAGAAGCAUUUAGAUGAUGCAACUGCCUUUAAGAGUGACAAGAGUUCCCCAACCAAAAGACCAAGGCUUUUCAGCUCUGAAAGGGAUUCUAUCUUCACCAAGGAUGAUGAUGCGAAGCACUCACUGGAUCUGAAGGAAUCUCAGGAGACCAGUGUCAAAGCAAAUGAAGCACAUCCCCAUGCCAGUGGAACUGAGGCUGCUAAUGAUCUGAGCGCUGCAAAAUCUGCUGCUAUGAGGGCUGCUGAAAUGGUAAAUAAGAAUCUUGCGGGUGGGUUUGGACCAACUGGCUACUUAUCUACUGAACAAAAGAAGAAGCUGCUUUGGGGGAACAAGAAAAAUACAGCUACUGUAGAGCCUGGUCACCAUUGGGAUGUGUCAAUGAUUGCUGAGCCUGAACGGCAAGAAAAAUUUAGCAAGCUCAUGAGUCUGAGGUUGCCUUGGUACCUAUGGCCAAUUGUAGGGUGUGAAGGGCGAGCUCAAGGCAGAGCCGAUAGCAAACAGCCAAGAUGGGAGCAGCCUUCUGCGAGCCGAAAAACAGAAGGAGCUGCAAUUGGAUUUGGAGAAACAAUACACUGCCGGACUUCGAAGGAGGGAUGGUCGAACGGUUGGUCUGGGACUCUAAGGACUUUCAGAUUUACGCUGUUUGACUUCUUGCUGCGAUGUUUUGUAAAAACUAUGCUUCUAGUACAUUUAGGUUGUGGUAUGACUAAGAAAGAUGCUGACUUGCAUCCCGGAAUUUCAGUUUUUUGGCUGGGAAAAUUUGAAGUGCAGCUUUGCCGCGAUAACUUGGUAUGCCUUGCACAAUUUCUUAGCACUUUGGCACAUCGAGCAUCUACCAUCCUCGGCCAACUAAUUUAUUGGUUGGCUCACAGUCACAUAAUGACUGCUUACCAGAAGCAGGCUUAUUUAACAGGUUGAUUCGAGAUUUCUUCGGUUAUAUAGAAAUCAUAUGGUGCUCAGCUACCAAUGAUCUGAGCGUUGGGGAGUGUCCUUGUCAAAAGAGGGGGUGACGCGAAUAGGAGACAAUAGCGAGGCAAAUGAAAUGCCUAUUCAAAUGUUUUUUU